CCGCUUAUGUAAGAACUUUUAAGGGCUUAAGGGGCUAUUGAGUGAAGCCUGGCUCUCCUGCCCCCAUGGGGGGCCUCUCUAGAACUGCUUCAGGUUUGGGCGACCCUAUCCUUCCUCCCAUCCUGGAAAUCCAGCUACUGGGGCUCAGGAACCAGGGCAAUAAGGAGAGCCCACAGGAGGUUAGGGAGCAGGCUGGGGCACUUGGGGGCUUGAUGGAGGCAGUGUCUUGGUUAGAGCAGAUAUUGCAAAAGUAUCGUUUCAGAGCUCAGACCUGGGCCAUGCAGGAGCAUCCCUUCUCCAGAUUGUACUUUGCAUCAAGGGGCCAUUCCCACCCCCAACCAGGCUCUGAAGAGCAUUGUAAAACCUGAACCCCAGCUAGGUGGUGUAAUGAGAUUCAAAACCUGCUGGCUAGACCUCCAUCUGCCAUCACUAGCUUAGAGCUGUGGGAAGACGACAGGGCUGGAUGAGAAGUCCUGGGUCUGAGGCCAGUGUUACUGCUCUCUGGCUUGAACUUGGGCAAACCGUGUCCCCUGUCCCAGCUCAACAAUGCCAAUGUUGUUGUUACCUCUUUUUCCCCCCUACCCCCACCCCCAGUCUUCUCCUCAAAAAUGUUUUGAAAUCUUGUCCCUUCAAACAGCUGCGGACCAGAUAGAGACCUCUGGGCUCCCAGCCUCGACCUUGGUGCCCAGUUGGGCACUAUUCCCCCACUACUCUGAGGAAGGGGCUCAGGCUGCUCUCCUGCCCUGCUGCCCUCACAGCUGCCAGGGUCCCGGGGGCGUCAUUGUGGGAGGCUGGGCAUCCCAUGGAGCCUCCCCUGGGCCUGGCUGCCACCACACCGCUGAAAGCAUGGCGGACUACCUGAUCAGCGGCGGCACCGGCUACGUGCCCGAGGAUGGGCUCACCGCGCAGCAGCUCUUCGCGAACGCCGACGGCCUCACCUACAAUGACUUCCUGAUUCUCCCAGGAUUCAUAGACUUCGUAGCUGAUGAGGUGGACCUGACUUCAGCCCUGACUCGGAAGAUCACGUUGAAGACGCCACUCAUCUCCUCUCCCAUGGACACUGUGACAGAGGCUGACAUGGCCAUCGCGAUGGCUCUGAUGGGCGGUAUUGGUUUCAUUCACCACAACUGCACCCCAGAGUUCCAGGCCAACGAGGUGCGGAAGGUCAAGAAAUUUGAACAGGGCUUCAUCACAGACCCCGUGGUGCUGAGCCCCUCACACACCGUAGGCGAUGUGCUGGAGGCCAAGAUUCGGCAUGGCUUCUCUGGCAUCCCCAUCACUGAGACGGGCACCAUGGGCAGCAAGCUGGUGGGCAUCGUCACCUCCCGAGACAUUGACUUUCUCGCUGAGAAGGACCACACCACCCUCCUUAGUGAGGUGAUGACACCGCGGAAUGAGCUGGUGGUGGCUCCAGCAGGUGUGACAUUGAAAGAGGCAAAUGAAAUCCUGCAGCGCAGCAAGAAAGGGAAGCUGCCCAUUGUCAAUGAUCAGGACGAACUAGUGGCCAUCAUUGCCCGCACCGACCUGAAGAAGAACCGGGACUACCCUCUGGCCUCCAAGGAUUCCCACAAGCAGCUGCUGUGUGGGGCAGCUGUGGGCACCCGUGAGGAUGACAAAUACCGCCUGGACCUGCUCACCCAGGCAGGCGCCGAUGUCAUAGUGCUGGACUCAUCCCAAGGGAACUCUGUGUAUCAGAUCGCCAUGGUGCACUAUGUCAAGCAGAAGUACCCCCACCUCCAGGUGAUUGGGGGGAAUGUGGUGACAGCAGCUCAGGCCAAGAACCUGAUUGAUGCUGGUGUGGAUGGGCUGCGUGUGGGGAUGGGCUGCGGCUCCAUCUGCAUCACCCAAGAAGUGAUGGCCUGUGGUCGACCCCAGGGCACUGCCGUGUACAAGGUGGCCGAGUACGCUCGGCGCUUUGGGGUUCCGGUCAUAGCCGAUGGCGGCAUCCAGACCGUGGGGCACGUGGUCAAGGCCCUGGCCCUUGGAGCCUCCACAGUGAUGAUGGGCUCCCUGCUCGCCGCCACCACGGAGGCCCCCGGCGAGUACUUCUUCUCGGAUGGGGUGAGGCUCAAGAAGUACCGGGGCAUGGGCUCACUGGAUGCCAUGGAGAAGAGCAGCAGCAGUCAGAAACGAUACUUCAGCGAGGGGGAUAAGGUGAAGAUCGCACAGGGUGUCUCGGGCUCCAUCCAGGACAAAGGCUCCAUUCAGAAGUUCGUGCCCUACCUCAUCGCAGGAAUCCAGCAUGGCUGCCAGGAUAUCGGUGCCCGUAGCCUGUCUGUCCUGCGGUCCAUGAUGUACUCAGGAGAGCUCAAGUUUGAGAAGCGGACCAUGUCGGCUCAGAUCGAGGGUGGUGUCCAUGGCCUGCACUCUUACGAGAAGCGGCUGUACUGAAGAUAGUGGUGGAGGCCGAGGUGGUGGAGGGGGUGCGCCCCAGGGCCCCCCUUUGGGCACAGUGUCCCUCCAUAACUGAGCAGUCCACAGAUUUGCACUAGGGGUUCCUCAGCUCCUUUCCAGGGAGAGAGGAGGGGAGGCCCUGAGGGUCUGUGGCCCCUCCCUGGGCAUCCCCCGCAGAGUCAGGACUGCUCCUGGGGCCAGGCUGCCCUGGGAGGCCCCUGGGUUCCCCCUUCUUCUGUCCCCCUGAGCCCAGCCAGCCUGGGCUCUCAGGCCCUGUGCCUGCCUCAGGUCUUUCUCGCUGCAGCCUGCUCCAGCCCGGCUCCUACUCCUGGGACAGGUGGCCCCUCCUGGCUUCUCCCGUAGGGCACCUCUCUCCCCACCCCCCACCCAGAAAUGGUGCUCUCCUGGCCCUGCCUCUGGCCCCUUCCCAGGCUGCUGCCCCCUCAAUGAUGUGGCACUUCUGGGCUCCUGACCUAGGCCAGAGGGAGGUCUCUGCCCCCUUCCCCUGGUCCUAGGCUACCCAGGCCCUGCUCCUCAGGCCACUCCCCCUGUCCCUGGCCCUGGGGAGGAGGCUGCCCAUCAUUCCUGACUCACUACCAUCCCCAGGUGUACCAUUCCCGCCCUCUCCUCUCAGCUGCAGUUGAAGGCUUUAACUUUGCACACUUGGGAUCAUAGUUGCAUCAUUGUAUAUUAAAUAAUCAGAAUAAACCAAGAGGUCUCAACACCUCUGUCA